UUAAUUAAUGAACAAAAUUUUGUAAUUACUUUACAACGUCGAUCUCACAGAGCAAUUGAUCCGAUUUGUAUUGAUCUGUUUACCCAAAACACACAUGGGAGUAUCACGAACCUGGUGGGUAAUCCUCGUGGUGAUCGCCGCGUGCACCUGCGGUGCACGCACGGAAUGUGGCGAAACUGUGCAAAUUUCAUUUCUAACAAGCGUGCACGAUGAUCCAGCGUGUACAAAGUUAUCGACGAGGGGCGUUACGCUCUACGAGGCCGCCAAACUUUUCGCAGAGAUUCAGAACAACAAAACCGACGGAUUCAAAAUCGAAAUUACUGUUUUGGAUACGUGCGGAAGUAUAACAGGUGCUCUGAAAGCGGUAAUGAAGGCUUUAGUAUGGGCGGAUAUCAGCUGUUUACAUCCACCUCAUUAUCUAGGAAUUAUUGGACCGGAUACCAUGACCAAUGCCGAAGCGGUACACAAAGUGACUUCGAUAUUGAAAGUGCCGCACAUUGUCAAGAAAGCAUCGAUUUCUCCGUAUUUGCACUCUUUAACGGAGGAAUCAAAUUCCUACUUAAUACAGGGAAUCUUGAAAAUGAUAAAGAUCUUAAAGUGGAAAUCCUUCACAUUAGUAGCUAAUGUUAAUGAUGAAAACGAUGAUGACGUACAAAAUAUUGCAAAAAAAUUAACGAUAAAUGCCAUAGCAAAUAACUUAUGUGUUAUAAUUCACGAUAACAACGAAGAAGAUUAUACGUCACAUAUCAUACAUAUUGGAAAACCAGAAGAAAAGUUCUUUAAUGAGCCUAAAAAUGCGACCAUAUUAAUUAUCAGCGAGGGAAAUUUAAAAGACUAUUUGAAUCGUAUGAAUUCAAGUAACACCAUACUGCUUUUAGAAGAUUCUAGAAAUGUAAUUAACAAUCUCGAGUGGAGAGUCAAGAAUUCGCGAUGGUGGGCGCCUAAUAACGGUUUUGGAAAUUAUGACGCCAAAGAAUUGAAGCAAGUCAGAUGGCUAGAAAAUGCUAUAGAAAUUUACGUGAAAGCUUUAAAAGCAAUAUGUAAAAACAAAAAGUGCAAAAAUCAAAUAAACUCUUUGGACUGGGAUCACAUGGUGUCGAACGUAUUAAUGACGCACAACGUGAAAUCGGAAGCGGCACCGAAAUUCCUCGAUCUGUCUAUGAAAAAGAAGACUAGUAAUCUAGAGCGACUGGGUGGCAUAAUAGUUCGCCAGAAUAGAACGCAAGUUUAUUGGGGUGACAGCAAAGCGGACGAAAAAGAAAAGGACGUUACGGAGGAAACUGAGAAAAAUCACAGAACGCCAGAAGACAACGGCGAUGUGUCACGCAUGUUUAGAGAACUUCUGAAAGGAGAGAAUGAACCGCGGUCAGGAUGCGCUAUAGCCGUCAAAGAGAUUGAGAUGCUGAACGAAAAAAAUAAAGAGGCGACACAGAUCUUAGUUUCGGGGAUGGACGAUAACGAGUGGUGGACAAUGGUAUGGACGGUAAGCGGCAUAGGAAUCGCGAUGUUUCUGUUGGGAAUUCUCGCCGUUUACGUUAUCUACGCGAACGUACGGGGACCAAAAUGUGCCAAGAAUAAAAAUCACUUGGAUAGAGAUAUCAGCUUGAGGAGAAUGAGUAACGACAGAGAAUUACCUACGACCAUAACCCGUAAUCAGCGAGCGUUGCGUACUCCACAAAGGAGAGGCAGCGAUAGAAGCACUAUAUCUGAGAAAAGCGUUUAAAGCGAAUGCGUCGAGAAUAAUGAGUCGCAUAAAUAGUAAAUAAAACGAGCGCUUCUCUAGCGGAAAAUAGAAAUUUGCUUUAAAAUAAUAGAGCGUAUACAAAAGCACAUUCUUAUCUUGUUUCUUUGUGAACAUGUUUUCUAGUCAUAAAUAACAUAUCGAUAAUCUAAUUAAUCAUAAUAAAAUAAAAUAUUCUUUAUAAUAUAUAUAAAAAGAUUUUAGUCAGUAUUUAAAUUUAUCACAAUUUAUUUAUUGGACUCGAUGCAAUGUGAGUUCCUCGUAAUUAUUAUUGCUUUAUAUAACAAUAAAUAUGAUUCCACAGCAUUUUUUGGAAGUGCAUCUAUAUUCGAUUUCUCUCGAUAAUGUAUCAACAAACGGAACCAUCCAUCCUUAU